UCGCGCUUGUGUUGCUCCAGCAGAACCGAAAUGGAGCAGUUUCGCGGCGAAACGUCUUUGACGUAAACAGAAACCGUACACUGUCAUGUGACUUUUGUUUACUUCCGCCAGAAGCUUUACUACACGUGUAGGGAAAGCCCACUAUCAGGCCAUGGCCUCCCCCAUUACCAUGAAACCCUUCAGCACAGAGGAGACCCAGAGGAUUCUGCAUCAUCUGCAGCAGCCGGCAGUUUUCAUGAACAUGACCUGUGACUGGCCUGCUCUCCACUGGACUGCAGAGCAGCUGUCUGUCUGCCUCAGUGACAAACUGGUCCGGUUUAGACUCGGAAGAAAAGAGGAGACGAACACACCUCUGUUUGAAACCCAGUGUUCCUAUGUGGAGGCAAGCCUUGUGCACUUUCUCAGCUGGACCUGUGGUCAGUCUGGCACAGAUGUUGGACCAUUCUCUGAAUUCUCCUACUCUGAGUAUUGGGCUUAUGCUGACUACAAAUACAUUGCCAUGCUGUUUCAAGAUCAGCCCUCCAUGUUUGAGGAUGUAAGGUGGCCUGACUUUGGCUUUGAGGGACGUGAUGGGAGAGAGAGCACCCUAUGGAUCGGCACAGAAGGAGCAAACACACCGUGCCACCAAGACUCCUACGGCUGUAACCUGGUGCUGCAGGUGCAAGGACGUAAACAGUGGUACCUCUUCCCUCCAGGUGACGCCUCUAAACUCUACCCAACCAGGAUUCCCUAUGAGGAGUCUAGUGUCUUCAGUCAGGUGGAUGUGCUCCGUCCAGACCCAACGAAGUUCCCAGACUUUCAGAAAGCCAGGGUCCACACGGUCACUCUGCAGCCAGGACAGGUGCUUUUUGUUCCCAGACACUGGUGGCACUAUGUGGAGUCACUGGAUCCCAUCACCGUCAGUAUCAACUCUUGGAUUGAGCUGGAAGCCGACGAUGUGGCGAGAGUUAGUGAAGCGGUGACCAAGGCUGUCGUCUGCGCAAUGAAAGGUUGCCCCAGUGAUGACAACAGAGACGACUGGCUCAAUCCCACAGAGGAAGGAGUAACCUCACAUAAUGAGAACAUGCAGUACUUGAACUUGGCAAUUAGAGCCUGUGCGCAAAGACAGACGGAUCUCCAGUGCAGCACGCUGACCCUGGACCCAAGAGACCCCCGUCCGGCUAAACGGGACUCCGGUGGACAGAUUAGAAAACCCUGUGUUUGGAAGAGGGAUCCUGCACCAUUCACCAUCCCCUUUGGGCCACAUCUCAUCCCUGUGUGCUGUCAGCGACGGGACUCGACUGAAACGAGGGACAUGACCCCAAAAGAUCUGGAGGUCAAACCCUCCAGGAAAUGGGCAGGCGAACCUCAAGAGGACUGCGCUGUCGACUCAGAUGCAGCGCAGAGAACGGAGCCUGGUUUGACUCAGUGUGCAGCAUGCGAUUGUGCAGAUGUGAUGUCAGAGAACUCUUCUGAGGAUUGUGAGGAAUCAAGAGAUUCGAUAAUAACCACUAAUGACCUGCUCGACUGCCUGGUGCAUCCUGAUGUCAUCGCCACCGUUACUGGGCUUCUAUUAGCAAGACACACAAGGAGUCACACGACCACUGCUGCAUCCUAGCUCCGAUAUUUGUCCACUAAGCACAAAGUAAAGGGCAAGUCUUACUAGACUUUACAGUGAUUUACAGCUGCAGAUCUUUCUCUGCAGAGAUCUGUCCUCCAACCCUGACUGUAAUAGUUUAGUGUGACGGGGGAAAGCUCGAGAAUGAUGUAGAGCUACGCCCAUCUCCUUUAUUUCAUACAAUCCUUUUAUUAUUACUCGAGAAGAUCAGUGAGGGGUGACUAUGAUUUACAGCGAUAUCAAGUAAACGACACAGACACAAAAGAGGAAUAAAACCAGUACAAGCACAGAAUUGAAUGCAUUAAAAACCUUUGGGUUGUAGCAAUUUGUAUAUAUUGUUCCAUGACCGUCAGAGAAAUAUAAUCCUGAGUAAGAAUGUUCUUGUUAAACAUGUAAAAUAAAGGCAGUUGGAUGAACAGGUCUGAUUGAUGAAGUAAUAUUGAUAAGGAAUCUGGUGUUUUACCAAUCAGAGCCUUGUAAAUGAAUAAAUACCCAUGAAAGAGACGUCCAGGCACCGUUAUUGACAAAAUGCAUUCAUCAUGUUCCUCCUGAGAUUCACAACAGAUGCAGGAUGUCACAACAAAAACUAAUUGUAAUGCAAUAUGGAGGGGCUCUAACAUUUCCUUGUUUUGUUGACCCACACAGACUAAUCCUGUUUGACGAUUGCAGAGGAAGAAAAAUGAUGACUUAAAUCAAUUUGGUAUGCUAAUAAGACAAAUAAUACAAGAUGAUAUUCAUGGGAUGUGAACAUUUGUUCCCCGCAUAAUGCUUCAUUCUGUCGUUUAGUGACGACGACUGUCAUUGAACAGCAGACGGCAGAGCGCGACGGUUCAGUGAUUGAUGGAAGCUGCGUAUGAAGUGAUGAAUGAGGGGUUUGUCUGAAUACAGUCACCACAGCUCACUCAUCUCAGUCAAGAGAACAGGAAGUGCUGUGCAUCGACUGCAAAUACAAUAAAUAUAAUAUGAUUGUCUUCAACAAAGUUAAAUGUCAUUUCCUGUCCUUUUCUUUCCAAUCACAUCCAUUUUUAUUUUCCCAAACCUGUCCGUAGACAGUGACACAGUGUUGUUGUU